AUAUUACAUUAUGAAGAAAGCGGUUAUUUAUACACGUAGGAUAGCAAGCAAAUUUCUACUAAUUGAUAAUCGAAAGUAAUAAUGACCUAUAUGAAAGUUCAAGCACCAACGUAACAAAAAAGUCUAGAAAAUAGCGAAAAAAAAUUAUAAAAACAUCUACUGUAGUGAAGUUGGCUACUUGUGCUGUGAUUGUGAACUUACUCAGCGGUUAUUGUUAUUUGUGAUCGCGUUAUCACUGACAAGUAAUGAUAUCAAACGUUUUGUAAAAUGUUUUAUCCAGUCAUUGCUUAAUAUAAAUUUCACAAAGAGUGUAGUGUCCAUUUGUAAAAAAAAAGUGCUAACAACAAAAUUUCACUAUGAAAGUUACCGUUACUACUGUAAACGAUGACAUUUUCGUCAUCGAUGUCGCCGAAGAUUUGGAAUUGGAGAAUUUUAAAGCCUUAUGUGAAAUCGAAUCUGGAGUUCAGGCCAAAGAUAUUAUAAUAAACCACAACGGUAAACCACUGAUAGGAGACAAGAAAUCUUUAAAAGAUCAUGGAGUAAGUGAUGGAGAUGUAAUUGUGUUACUUAAUUUACCUCGGUCCCCUUCCAGCAUGACGGUUAAUGAUAACCAGGGCUUGGCAAACCUGGACUUCAGUAGUAUACAGGUUCCUCUCGGUACCGCGAGUACUUCGAUGGGUACCGGCAGUGUCCCCGCUGAAGAAGACCCUCGACUCAUCAGGGAAAUGUUCCUUGCAAAUCCUGAUCAAUUAGCACUGCUCAAGCAAAACAAUCCUCGUCUCGCAGAUGCAUUACUAAGUGGAAACCUUGACACAUUUGCUUCUAUUCUUCAAGAACAAAUAAAGGCAAGAUCACAGCGUCAACAGCAACGGAUAAGAAUGAUGAAUUCAGAUCCAUUUGAUACGGAAGCACAAAGAAUGAUAGCAGAAGAAAUCAGACAGAAGAAUAUUGAAGCCAAUAUGGAAGCGGCUAUAGAGUAUAAUCCAGAGAUUUUCGGUACCGUUGUCAUGUUAUAUAUUAAUUGCCAUGUAAAUGGGUUUCCCGUGAAAGCGUUCAUUGAUUCAGGUGCUCAGACAACCAUUAUGUCUGCGGCUUGUGCGGAAAGAUGUAAUAUUAUGAGACUGGUGGAUACAAGAUGGGCUGGAAUAGCUAAGGGUGUUGGUGUACAACGUAUAAUUGGCAGGAUACAUAUGGUUCAAAUGAGAAUAGAGAAAGAUUUUCUAACAACAUCUUUCUCAGUGUUAGAAGAACAACCGAUGGACAUGCUUCUCGGUUUAGAUAUGUUAAAAAGACAUCAAUGUAUUAUUGACUUGAAAAGAAAUGUUCUACACAUUGGUACUACUGGUACGGAGACUCCAUUUCUACCAGAAUCAGAGUUACCAGACUGUGCUAGAUUAUCUGGUAAUUCUGAUGACGAAAUGGUUAAUCAAUCAUUACAAGAAGGUAAAGACCAAAGUAUUAUGAAGCAAGCAAUAGGGACCAAUCAACCAUCAAGUCAAAGCUCUUCUACAGGGCAACCUAACUUAAGGAUUGGUCUCGGAAACCCAAGUUUGACUAUCUUACCAACAGACCCAUUUAGUGAAACUGAAGUUGAGGAAAUUAUUGGUCUAGGAUUCACAAGAGAACAGGCUAUAGUUGAACUAAGGAGAUUCAAUGGUGAUAAAACUCAAGCUACUGUAGCUCUAUUUGCUAAAUCAUUAAAAUUUUAAAUGUAAUAUGUAUGUACUUGUGUGAAUACUUAGUGUGAAGUAUACUGGUGGAUGGUGGACUCAUUUUUAAGAAUAAAAUUAUUUAUAUUUUAAAAUGUGUGUCAUGAUUCCGAGGACAUAUC